UUUUUUCCCAGAGCCCGGAUUAGUGAAGCAGUGAGUGCUGCGGCGGCAGUUUUCCGUUACCGCCGCCGCCCGAAGGAAGCAGCCUAGAUUCUUCGGUCGGGAAGAUGGAAGAUGGUACCCCAAAGCAUAUUAUCCAAAUGACAGGAUUUAAGAUGGAAGAAAAGGAAGCUCUAGGAAAAUUGCUUUUAAAACUAGAUUGCACUUUUAUUAAGAGUGAGAAGUAUAAAAAUUGUACACAUCUUAUAGCUGAACGUCUGUGUAAAAGUGAAAAAUUUUUGGCAGCUUGUGCAGCAGGAAAGUGGGUACUAACUAAGGACUACAUAAUUCAUAGUGCCAGAAGUGGCAGAUGGCUUGACGAAACAACCUACGAAUGGGGAUAUAAAAUUGAAAAAGACUCCCAUUGUUCACUUCAAAUGCAAUCUGCGCCAAAAAGGUGGCGUGAAGAACUGAAACGCACUGGUGCUCCGGGAGCCUUCCACAGAUGGAAAGUUGUCCUCCUUGUUAGAGCUGAUAAACAGAAUGAUUCUCUUGUAAGAGUUUUGGAGGCUGGAAAAGCAAAUGUUAUUUUACCAAAUAGUUCACCAAGUGGAAUAACUCAUGUGAUUGCCACUAAUGCAAGAAUCAAGGCUGAACAAGAAAAAGAUAACUUUAAGGCUCCAUUUUAUCCAAUUCAGUAUCUAGGGGAUUUUCUUUUAGAGAAAGAAAUUCAGAAUGAUGAAGAUUCCCAGACCAAUUCUGUUUGGAAUAAACAAAGCAAUCAAGAAAAAAACAAAGAUUUCAGUGAAGAUAUGGGAUUUGAAAUGAAAGGUGCCUUAAAAGAGACCAUGUGUAGAACCCAGAAAGAAAUACAAAAUCAUGAUGAAGAUGUUAAUGUUAGUUCUAUUUUGACUGAACAUCACAAAGAAGAAAAAUUCAGAGGUUCCAGUAAAGAUUUGAAAUUUGUAAAAAUGAAAUAUGCCUUACGAAGGCACACAUACGAAAAUCCGAAGGAAAUUAAGAAAAAAGAUGAAGAUAUUCAAAGGAAUUAUACUUUGAGGAAAAAACGGAAAAAAGAAAGAAAUUCCAGAAAGGACAUUGAACGUGACAAAAUUAGAAGUACCUUAAGAAAGCACAUAUAUACAGAUAAGGAAGUGAAGAAUUCUCUUUUUGCUGAUCAUGCCAAAGAAUCAGAAACCAAGCAUGUCAGGACAGAUGUGGAUAUUUCUGAAAUAAAAAAUGCCUUAAGGAAGCACAUAUAUAAAGCUCAGGUUAAAAAUGCUGAAUUUCCCAGAGGUGUAUUAAAUUUAAUUGAAAGCCUCAUAGAAGGACAGUUUUUUAAAGAAGCAAUUGAAGAAAUUUCCUCUUUGCAAGCACAGUAUAUUCCUCCUGUAUGCCUUCUUCAUGCUCUUCUAGAGAACAUUCUACAGGAUAACAUAGAUAUGUUUUCUGGUCGAUACUUUCAUGUAUGGUCAGCUCUUCUUCACCUACAUCCUCCUUGGAAGUCCCCAGCCAUGUCAAGAUAUUACUUAGAAUUGUUUCAGUGUCCAACUUGUAUGAAAGGAGCGUGGUCUCUAAUAGAAGUGCUUAUCAGGUCUUGCCUUUUCAAUGAAGGCUUCUGUCAUCAAAUUUCAAAAAACAGCUCUAAGGUGCUCCACCUGACAUUGCUCAAAUUUUUCUUUAAUUUAGUUGAAAGUGAAGUGCAACAUCUGAGUCAAAAGUUGUAUGACUGGUCUGAUUCUCAGAGUCUGAAAAUAACAGGAAAGGCAAUUCUUCUUGAAAUAUUUUGGUCAGGAAGUGAGACUUCUGGGCUUUUGACCAAACCUGUAAAUAUGCUUUUGGAUUGGACUAUAUAUUCUCACAAGGAAAAAUGCAAGUCUAAUGAUGUCUUCAUACAUGAACUAGCUUACUUAUUGACUGGAAUUCUUGGAGCAGCAGUAGAUUAUUGGAUCUUUCUUGGUCUUAAGAUGGGCAGAAAUGUGAUGCGACACAUGUCUGAUGACUUAGGAAGUUAUGUUUCCCUUUCAUGUGAUGACUUCUCUUCACAUGAAUUAGAGAUUUUCAUUUGUUCCUUUUCCUCCUCCUGGCUGCAAAUGUUUGUUGCAGAGGCAGUCUUUAAAAAGUUGUGUUUACAGAGUUCCAUCAGUAUUUCUUCUGAGCCACUCUCUCUUCAGAAAAUGGUAUAUUCCUAUUUGCCAGCUUUGGGAAAAACUGGUGUAUAUCAGAUUGGAAAGAUGCAGACUCCAAAGAAAAUAGGACAGAGGCCUUGCCUUGAGUCUCAGAGGGCCUUACUAAUGCUGAAUGGUGCUAAACAGAAACAAGUUGAAGGGCUGUCAGAGUUACUAAAUCUGAACCUUGCUAAAUGUUCAUCAUUAAAAAGAUUGAAAAAGAAGUCGGAAGGAGAAUUGCCAUGUUCCAAGGAGAAUUAUCCCUCUUUGGUUACAAAGAUGAAUUUUCACAAGACUAAUCUAAAAGGAGAAACAGCCCUCCAUAGAGCUUGCAUAAAUAACCAAGUGGAGAAAUUGAUUCUUCUUCUCUCUUUGCCAGGAAUAGACAUCAAUGUUAAAGACAAUGCUGGCUGGACGCCUUUGCAUGAAGCCUGUAACUAUGGCAACACAGUGUGUGUCCAGGAAAUUUUGCAACGUUGUCCAGAGGUAGAUCUGCUCACUCAAGUGGAUGGGGUGACUCCUUUGCAUGAUGCACUGUCAAAUGGACAUGUAGAAAUUGGCAAGCUGCUAGUCCAGCAUGGGGGCCCAGUGCUUUUAGAGCAGAAGAACUCUAAGGGAGAAUUGCCCUUGGAUUAUGUGGCAUCAUCUCAAAUCAGGGAAGAAUUAUUUGCUAUUAAAAAAAUAGAAGAUAAAGUGGAGAACUUUCAUGCACAAGCAGAGAAACAUUUUUGCCACCAGCAACUUGAAUUUGGCUCAUUUUUAAUUAGUAGAAUGCUGCUAAAUUUUUGUUCAAUUUUUGAUUUAUCUUCAGAGUUCCUCUUAGCUUUCAAUGGGUUAACUCACCUAAAUGAGCUACUGAUAGCCUGUAAGAAUUAUAAGGAAACCACCAAUGCUCAUACUGACUGGUUACUGGAUCUUUAUGCUAGAAAUAUAAAGACAUUGCAGAAGCUCCCAAAUAUUCUUACGGAACUAUCUGAGAAUUUAAAAGUGUGUCCUGGAGUACACACCGAGGCCUUAUUGGUGUCGUUGGAAAUGAUGUGUCGUUCAGUCACAGAGUUUUCAUGAUAAUGCCAAAAAUAUAAGACGGCUUUUUAACCUUGCUCAGCUUGAGUUGUCAUUUAUUAUGGACUUCAUAGCUUAUUAACAAAUAGUAAUUUGAUUUAUUUUUUGACAGAAUUUGCAGCCUUGCUAAAUUUUAAAAGCACUUAAAGAACUUCUGCAGAAUGAUAUAGACAUGCAUUUUUCCAGUGUGUAGAAUUUGACUCAAAGUAAAAAACAGUUUUGUUUGGUGUACACUGCUUUCAUUAAUCCUUAUUAUUACUUUUUUCUUCUGAAAGUGACUGAAAGUGGUAUUAUUUAUCUAUUUAUAUUGUACAUGUAAAUUGUUCUUAAUUUAAAUAUUUUUUCAAAUCAAAUGUAAUGUCCUCUAUUCUAGGUAUGCUAGGUCUUAGAAUGAUGGCAAGGGUAUUCAUGCACACAAACACACAAACACUCCCUAUUUCUUCUCUGUAGGCUCUUAGACUCACAUACUCAUUUUAAUUCCAUGUGUUCCUAAAAUAAACAUUUCUAAAAUUUACAUUAAUAAUAUUCUCUGGGUUUUUUAAUGUAAUGGAUGUCCAAAGUUUGGCAAUUUGAUUCCUUAAUCUGUUUUAUUUUAGCAGGUCAUGUACAAAGUAUAUUUCUACUCCAUUUAAUCCCUAUUCUGUAAGUGAAAACAUUCUGCAUAGUAAGUUUUAUUAAAUAUUAAGAUUCUAAAUGGCAACUAAGUAAUAGAUAUGAGAUUAUGUAAAAUUUUAAUGUACAAUGUGAAUAUACAGAGUAGUAAUAUUUCAAUUUGCAGCUUUUUCCUAAUAGCAAUUUAUAGUAAAACCGAAAGAAAGGGUGUGGAUAAUAACCACUUUUGAAAUUGGAGUUGCUUCACUAGUGGGAAUAGAAAAGAAAUACUAAAACUUCCAUUUAGCUUUUAUGUAACUAAAGUGAUGAUCUAACGGCAAUUAAUAUGCUAAAGGAGCACACUUCAGUUUUAUCUUGGAAAUAGAUCUUUUAACAAGAUACAAAUGCUGAGUUUUAUUAUUCGGUUUAUAAUCUAAACUGGAAACUGCUACAUUAGUAUAUCAGCUUAGAAUGAGCUUUAUUUUUAAAUCAGUAGUUUUUUGCACAUAGUGCAGGAAAUACUAGUUUCUAGAUAGUCUUCAAAUGUGACAUCAUACAUCCCCGUUAAUACUUGAUCUGCCAAUGUAUCAGAGAAAACAUGAAGUAGUAGAGAGUAUUUAAUGAAAAUUAAAAUAUUCAGAGAGAGUAAAGUGCUUCCCAGAUAAUGAGUAAGAACAUUUUUAUUCCAAAGAGUAGCCACUUAUUUCACUUGUGAAGUUAUCUGGAAUAAUGUUUACUUGGCAAACUAAUGUAAAUUUAAAGACAUAGACUUUGACAUAGACAGUUUCAACUCCUUGUCUAUAUCCUUUUAACUAAAUUACAAGGAAAGUUCUGUUCUGAACUUUGGUUUUCUUACCUGCCAAAUAGAAAUAAUACCAGGUACCAUCUUUGUUGUGAUAGAAUUCAAUUAGCCUAUUGCCUUGUACGGUACUUUGUAAAUGUUACUUUCUUUCCAAUUCUUACCUCUUCUUUUUAGUUAUAGUGAAUCAUUUAGGUAAAAAGCAAGAUAGUAAGUGCUUAACUUGGUAAUAAUUGUAAGUUAAUGAAAUAAUCAACUUGGUGAGCUAGAGUUUUGUACUGCUAGGGAGAAGUAGCUUUCAAAAUUUAUUUAGUUGCAUUUAAUAUUAAAAUUUCAUAAUUGUUUUAUCCGGCAACCUCUGCAAGUCAUGAUAACAUAAAGUCUUAAAAAGUCAAAUACCAUGAGAUCUCUGCCUUUAAGAAGGUGUUUCAUUUUACUAUUGCUCUUCUUCAAAAGUAUAGCUUGGCAAACACAGGUUACUUUAUUCUGUGUCCUACUUAAUAAUACCAAUAAAUAUAUGAAUUUAAA